GACGUUUAGACUGAGAAACCUGCGCAACAUUUCCACUGGGUAGUUCCUCUUCUAGAGCAGCAGAUUGGAAAACAUCAGCCAGUCUCUGAGGUGGACGCAACUGACGCACUUAUGGAAAGAAGUCGCUCUUGAUAUCAACGUGAGUGGGACAAAUCCAUGCAAACAAAAAUGGAGUACACUUAUGAUAACCACAUAGAACUGCUUUUGGCACAUAUGAAUAUUGAGGACAUCAUCAACGCUGCAGAGACGCUCUACCAGCUUGAGAAAGAAGAAGAGGAGGAAGGUGGCUUAUUGUCGGAAGCUGAAAGUCUGUCCCCUGUUGAAAUGGAUGGGAAUGAGGAGAUUGGAAAGUUUGUGAGUCAGGAGUCGCAGGAGGACUACACUGAUGGGGAUGGAAGUGUCCGGCAUGGGACAGUGACAGACCUCCUGUCCUUUGUCAAUCUGCUCUCCAACAUGCAACCAGCAGCACUGCAGCACCUGACUGAGGAGAUGGGCGUCCUACUAAACAAAAAUGAUAUGGUUGUAAAGAAUGGACGCUAUAAGAUCAACAAGGAUGUGCUCCUGUUUCCCUGGCAACUGUCCUACAAAAACCGUGGCUCUGACCUCGUACCUGAGGGUUCCUUUGGGAAAGUUCACUUGGCUCAGGACAUCACAACUCGAAAGAGAAUGGCUUGUAAACUGAUUCCCAUGGAGAACUUUCAAGGGGCCGAAAUCGAGUUCCAGGCCCGCUUCUGCCAUGAAAACAUCGCCAAACUCUACGGGGCAUUGCUGUGGGAGCAGAACGUGCAUCUCUUCAUGGAGGCCGGCGAGGGCGGCUCGGUUCUCGAGAUGAUAGACAGCUGCGGGCCAAUGAGGGAGUUUGAGAUUAUUUGGGUGACCAAGCAUAUCCUUCGUGCUCUGGAGUAUCUGCACUCGCACAACGUCAUCCAUCACGACAUCAAACCCAGUAACAUUGUCCUGAUGUCAGACAAAGCUGUCCUGGUAGACUUUGGCCUGACCGUGCAAAUGACAGAGGACGUCUACAUUCCAAGAGAUCUGAGAGGAACCGAGAUGUACAUGAGUCCAGAGCUGGUUUUGUGUCGUGGACAUGAUACCAAAACAGAUAUCUACAGCCUGGGAUCAACAAUCAUUCACAUGCAGACUGGCAACCCCCCCUGGGUUCAAAGAUAUCCACGCACGGCCUAUCCAUCAUACCUCUACAUUAUACACAAGCAAGCACCCCCCCUGGAGGACAUAGCAGACAACUGUAGCCUGACCAUGCGCUCGUUCCUGGAACGGGCUCUGGAGAAGAACCCGACUCUUAGGAGCUCGGCAUCGGACCUGGUGAAGGAUGAAGCCAUCAAUCCGCCCAAAGAGGACCAGCCUCGAUGUUGGAGUCUCGACUCAGCAAUGGAGGAGGCCAACCAUGCCAUGUUGUACCAGCAAAACCAGCAAGAUGACACCACACAAGACUCUUCACUCUAUGCUGAAGUCUCUAGCCCCCUGAAAAGGAACGGAUCCUUGUACCUCGACCUUGGAGCCUUGUCUGGUUAUUGCCCAUUGAUGACAGGGCCACCUACUUCAGAAUAUAGCUAACAUUUGUUUAUAUAUGUGGGUGACUUUUGUUUUAGGUCACCUAAUAAUAUACAAAAAAUCUUCUGUAAUUGUUCGGUUUCAUUGAUGCGGACCAGCGCUUUUUGUCAGAGGCUACUGCUAGAAGGGACACGGCUCACUGAUGACCUGUGUACAAGACCCCCGAUGACUAAUUAGCUAAUCCUUCGAGAUGGAGAUGUCUUGUGUGACUCACUGCACUGCAGGACAGUAUUUGGAUGAGACACAUUUAUAACGAUGUGCAUGAAUUGUUGUUGUCAUUUAGUAAGUUGUAAUUUUAAUGGCUUGUCUUGAAAUGUUUUUGCCUGAUAGUCUCUCUGUAGUAUUUUUUUCCCAAGUAUGUGGACACUCUGGAGUCAUGACUCAUCUAGUUCUUCAUGGACUUCCACAAUUUAAUUCCUGUGGAAUAUAAAUAACAAUCUUGUGAUGCCCAUUUUGUGUAUUGUACAUCCUGUGAGAUGACCGAUUCUGCUUUUUUUAAAUAAAUUGAAGUAUUCAGCA